AUGAAUAAUGGUAAAAGUUCCUUUGGUAAUCUGUUACUUGGAUAUGAUGAUUUUGACACGAUUAAUAGCCAACAAAUUUAAAAUAAAGCUACAACCAUGCUUAAUGGCACUCUUUUUGGAGAAGAGAAUUAACCCAAAAUUCGAAUAAUAGAUAGUAAAGGUCAUGAAAGACAAGAUUAAACAGAUUUUUAAAAUGCUUCAAAACUCAUCUCUCUUCUUAGGCAACAUCCCUCUCAUACUGCUCUUAUAUACGUUCUAGAAAUUAAACAUUUGGUCUCUGAGAAUCCACUUAAUGAAUUCAGAUUGAAAUUCUAUAAAAGUACAUUCAAAGAUUUUCUCAAAAAUACAAUAUUUGUGAUAUCAAAAUGGAGUUUCCAUAAGAAUCACACUGAUUAAAGAGCAAAGGAAAAUAUUGAUGAAAAUGAAGUACAUAAGAAGCUGCAAAAAUUAUUGGAGGCUGUUGGAUUUGAGAACCCCAACCCCACAGUCUAUUUUAUAGAUUCAUUCUAUGAUCCAAAUGAUUUUAUACAGAGAGGAAUGUUUAACUCAGGUUUUGAGAGUUUUUGGUAACACGUGUCUAAAAUGAAUGCUACAAAUAUUCUGGAAGAUGACUAAAAUGUAAGAGACUCACUCUAAAAAUACAAGAUAACUCAUAAAACAUAUUAAGAAGAUCAUCUAUAGAUCAGAGAGGAUUAUGAACAAAUGAUUAAGAAUAGAGAAGAGAUUAUAAAGAAAGAAAAAGAAUGA